GAAAUUGAAUGAGUGCAAAUGUUGCAAACCCUUGGAACUGUAGGCCCUCGUUUCGUGAACCGUUCAUGGCUCGGAAGCUUGAGCGUACGUUCAUUCUCUUACUCCUCCGAUUAUGGAGACCAGUCACGUGGUGACCUCCCCCGCUUCUACUCUGGAACUCUUCCUCCUACCAAGGGUAGUGUUAUUCGUAUUCAAGGUGAUGAAUUCUGGCAUAUGACUAAAGUAUUGAGGUUGAGCACCGAUGAUAGGGUACAUCUCUUCAAUGGGAAAGGAGGUCUCGUAGAAGGAUGUAUACAGAACAUUGACCGUGCUGGACUUGAUUUUGUUGCAUUGAGUGAUCUGAAGUUAAUACCUCCUCAGAAUACACAAUUGCAUGUAUUUGCUGGUUUUGGUACUCUGAAGGGUGGCCGUUCUGACUGGCUUGUUGAGAAGUGCACAGAACUUGGAGCCAAUAGUGUAACUCCUCUAUUGACUGAGCGUUCUCCAUCAAUAUCAGAAAGUCGGGUGGACAGAUUGGAACGUGUCAUUUUGGCAGCUUCCAAACAAUGUCAACGACUGCAUGAAAUGGUCCUGAAACCUCCUGUAGAAAUUGAUAACAUUUUGCAUCUUAUUGCACAAUCAAAGCUAUCUCUUGUUGCAACAGCAGAGGCAACUCCUGUUCAUAGUUCAUUGAAGUCAUUGGAAAACGAAACUAGUGGCUUAAUAAUAGUUGGACCAGAAGGCGAUUUCACAGAGAAAGAAGUGAGUAUGAUGACGGAAGCAGGUGCUAGAGGUGUUAGUCUUGGGCCUCAUCGUCUAAGGGUUGAAACUGCCACGAUAGCACUUUUGGCAACUGUCAUGUUAUGGUCUGACUCUCAGCAAACUUCACCAGUGUAGGUAGGUCAAGCCUACUAGAUUUCUUAUAUGAAAUUUCUUAACAACGUUCUCAUUUUGUACUUUGUAAAAGACUAAAAUUUUCCCUAUCAGAAAGUUUCUGUAAAUCCCUAAAUAUCUUUUAAGUGACGAUGUUGCUUAGAAAUCCCAUAUAAGCAACAUAGUUGACUAACAACAUUACGUGUGUAUUUAAAGUUCCACCUGGAGAACUAAUUUAUAUAGACGCAUACUCUU